AGAACGGAUUAUUCGAGUAGACGAAAUAUUUCACUUAAGCGCGAAAACUGUAAAACAAUUUUAAUAAUUAAUAUAUUAUUUCAUUUCUUACCACCGGUAAUUUUUCGUCAGUUUUUUCCAGCGAAUAUUAAUUAAUAUUGGUCGGGAAAGUUAAGUUUACCCGUCUGGCAACGUUGUUUCACCUGUAGUGUACUGCGUGUGUUUUUGUAGUGUUUAAAGAGAAUUAAUUGGGCGACGUCGACAAAUUAGGACAGAAAUCCUUUAUGGAAACGCCGUGUUUGUCGGAACUGCGCACGAUAUUAAAUCGUCUUAGAUUAUUAUGCAUUUUCGUCUUCAUUUGACGUUUGUUUACGAAUUAUCGGCAAAUAUGAAAUGGUUUUGAAAUGAAGUUUACCAACAAAUGGAAUUUCGUCCAAAGAAAAGGCGUUUUUGGGGGACUGUUGGCCUUCUGUAUUGGCGGAGGUUACUUAGCACGUGAAGUUUAUACCAGUGAAGGCAUGUGGAAUGCAAUAAAUUCUAUAUCUUACAAAGCUCCGAAAGAAGACAAAGAAUCAGAUUACAUAUAUUUAUCCAAGAGUUACAAAGAUGAUUUAGAUAAUGAAGAAGUAAAUAAAUAUAGCUGGUGGCCAUGGAAUAAGAAAGAACACAAAAUUCAAUGGCAUCUGUUGAGACUCGCCCAGUCCAAAGAUCGACAGGUGCGGCACGUGGCCGUCAAAGCACUGUCCGAAUUGCCUCAUUUAAACGAUUCUGAAUUUAGAGAAAUUGCCCAAGCCUGUGACAUGCGUACGGCAAUCGGUUUAGCCAGAACUCACGGGACCGAUCUUCGAUUCUUUUUAUUGCCGUCGAUACAUACGGAAUAUUCGGAGAAUGAAAUUGAAACAGAGCUUAAAAAUUUAUUAGCAAGUUUGCCAGACAAAGAUAUCAGCAAAUGCAUUCAAUAUUUCACUCAACAGGCUAUCAAAAUUGGUUAUCAGAAAGUCGAGUCUGAUAAUAAACUCGAAUGGAAUAUCGACAACGAACUGAAUGGAGUUUCUGCUCAGAUGGAAUUUCGUCCGCGUUCGGUUUCUCACGAAACAAUCGUAAAAACGUGUCUUCGGGCACUCUUGAGUCACAGCACCAUUUUAUAUCAUCGAAAAUUAAUAGUCGAGAAAGGAAUAUUAUUACUGCUGCAUCGCAUUAACAAUCAUCAUAAAAAUCAUGAAGUAACGAGUUUAAUCAUUCAAAUAUUAGGCAAUCUUGUUGAAGAUAAAAGCCUUCAUAAGCAUUUAUUUAUGACUGGUUGGAUUCGAACAUUGACUUCAUUAUCGAGAUCACCACACUUGGAGCUUUCGUUGCCCGCCAGUAGAGCUUUAGUCAAUUUAGAUAGUGAUAAAUUUUCUGACGAAGUUUAUGAAGAUGGAAUUUAUCUUUUAUAUCCACAACUACGAGGGAGGGACAAACAUCUAAAUGCGGAUGUCAUUUUUAUUCAUGGUCUUCUCGGAGGAGCGUUUCGAACUUGGAGGCAGAAGGAUGAAAUGAAAUUAGAAGUUAAAGACCAACAGAUAACUCUGGAAAAUGACAAAGUCUGGGUUACUCCCGACAAACAAAAAGAGCCGUCGUUUCCUCCAUCUACUUUUGGUACCAUACUUGAAGAUUACACAUUUUGUUGGCCAAAGGAUUGGUUGUCUCGUGAAUGUCCGCAUCUUCGAAUUCUGGCAGUAGAUUACUACUCUCAUUUUACCGUCUGGAAGGACGAGUGUCGCUUUGAAACCGAAAAUCGCUCUCUAUUAAGUAGAAGUAAUGAGAUUUUGAAGAAGUUAGUAGCCGCGGGUGUCGGUAACAAACCCAUAAUAUGGGUCACUCAUUCCAUGGGAGGAUUGUUAGUAAAACAAAUGCUUCUCGAAGCAGCCAAAAACAGAGAUCCCAGCAUUAGAAACGUGUUAGAGAAUUCAGUUGGCGUAGUGUUUUGUAGCGUACCUCACCGAGGAAGUUCUUUGGCCACUGUGGAUUCCGGCUGGAAACUAAUAUUACUUCCGACUAAAGAAGUGAAAGAAUUGAAAAAAGAUUCCUCGUAUCUUUUGGACAUGCACGAGAAGUUUAAACAGUUGGCCAAGAAGCACGACAUCUCUUGUCUUAGUUUCGGAGAAACCCAAAAAACCAACCUGGGCUUGAAAUUAAGCACGUUGAUGGUGUCUCUGGAUUCCUCAGAUCCGUCGAUCGGCGAAUUUUACGCACUUCCGGAGAAUCAUCUGAACACCUGUAAGCCGGAAACGAAGUCCUCCGUCAUGUAUCAGCUGCUGGUGGAUUUCAUCCAUCAGCACGUGCCGCACACUCUGAUGGAAAAUUUGCUUCAGGACCACAACGUCAGUGCCGAAGAUUUAGAAACCACCGUGGUCAUGGGAUUAGUGCAAUAGAUUUUUGUAUACAAUUUAAUUAAAGACAAUAUUUUUAAAUACGUAUAUGUAAUAAUGUCUUUGGUUUAUCAUAAUAUAUUCUUUAUGCAGAUGCCUUAGUCCAUUGUAAAACGUCCAUCGAAUUUACGGUGGAAAGUAUGUGCGGAAUUGCGGAUACGACCGGGCCCAAUUACUUUUUCGAUUCUCUCGAACGCUCAAAGUCGUAGUUUAUUUUGUUUUUAUAAAGAAAUUUCUUCAGGUAAUUAUAUUAUAUUUUCAAAUUAAAGUUAAAAAAGUUAUUUUGAUUUUUAUGGUUUUAGGCAAGUUAGAGAGAGACAUUUUCUUCGGAAUGUAUAUUUACAAUUAUGCAUUUUUGAUUACGCGAUCCGAACUCCGGUUCCUCUGUAUUUGGAUCGUCGUCCCGCUUCAUCGAAGUCCAUACGUAAGCAUGAAUACUUAAAAACACACACAAGAACAUUCCAUCUUUAAGGGAAAUUCUAUUGUUAGAACUGGUAAAUAAUUUCCCAUGUGGAUGUUAAAAUCCAAAAGUUUAGUGAAAUCUGUUUUUUAUACUUUUUCUUUAUUAUUUAUAUAGUGUGGACCCCAAGAAAACGGGUCUAAUCUGAGAUAAUUUCGAGAAAAGUAUUAUGAAAACCAAAGAUAUUACCGAACGGUCGGGGUACCCAAAAUUUGCGUAUUAAAUUUCCUAUAAAUCGGAUGCAGGGUAUGAUUUUAGGAUUGUUGUUGCCAACGAAAACUUUUGACUAGUAAAUAAAUUUUUUUCAUUUA